AUGACUGAAUACUGUUUGGUAACACGCGGUACACCCAAUGACCUCCAUCAACAACAGUUCAUGGCGAGAAAUCAAGGUCCAUUAUCGCCCGGUUGUGAGGUACGCAUAGCGUGCCUGACCACUGGGGUCAGUCUCGGGCCGGACUUGGACGGGGAAAUCUGUGUGCGUGGCUGUAAACUAUUCGCCGGCUAUUACAACAACCCCUCGGCCACAGCCCAGGCUUUUGAUCGGGACGGCUGGUACCGGACCGGCGAUAUCGGACACUAUGACACUCAGCACUGCUUGUAUAUUACCGACCGGAUUAAAGAUGCAAUACGGGUGAGCGCGGGCGGUAACCUCAGAAAUGUGUCGCCCGUAGAGGUUGAACAGCACCUACUGACCCAUCCCAUGGUCAGGGAGGCGGUUGUGGUGGGCGUGACUAAUACACAGGGCCCGGAUAUCCAAUGGCCCCGGGCUUAUGUCGUGCCGACUCAACCCGGUAUUGACACCGCCGACGAGAUCCAGGAGUUUGUUUCGGGCACACUGUCCUACUUGAAGCAACUGAAGGCCGGUGUGGUGUUUGUCGAUCAGAUCCGGCGGACUGUCAUCGGAAAAGUGGACCGAAAAUAUUAUAAGGAUUUGGUUAGACAUGAAUUAAUUGAAUGA